CUCGUAUUCUUUUGUUGUGCAUAAUUCUCGACCCUCCGGUUUCAACUUCCAAAGUACUAAAAAAAAAUAUGCAAAAUCUAACAAGAGUAUUACAACAUGACUAGAUGCGUCAUCCUCGGCGGCGGGCAUUAUCUCUGGGUGAGUGAGUGAGUUCUUCGGGGUUCCGCACUCACAAAGGCAGCACCCUCCACUUUUGUCCAUCCUCCCCUCACUCUUUUCUGUUUUUCGCUCUUCGUGUGAAGAUAAUUUUAUCUUUCCUUCUCUCUAUAUCUCUCUCUCUGUGAUUCUAAUUUCUUCCCUGUUCUCUCAAAAGAAUAUAUUCCUUGCUUUCCAAUUUAUUGGUUACCGUUCCUUUUCCGAAGCUCCAAGAGACAUCACAGCUAAAGAAGUCCCAGUUUGAUUCGAACUUUUUAAAGCUCUCUCUCUCUCUCCAAGUCAUGUAAGCGAUUGCAACCAAAGAAGAAUAUCAAAGUGGCUGUUCUUUAUUCGUCUUCUCUGCUUUUCUUUUGUUUUGUCCCCUGCUUGUUUGUUUCAGUCUGAAGGAGAUUAGAUUUUGGGGUCAAAGAACCUACACAGAUAUGGAACCGGCAGUUCUGGAUGGCAUAAUUAAUAGGCUGCUUGAAGUUAGAGGGAGACCUGGGAAGCAGGUGCAGCUUUCUGAGGCAGAAAUCAGGCAGCUUUGCCUCGUCUCCAAGGAAAUUUUCUUGGGGCAGCCUAAUCUUUUGGAGCUUGAAGCUCCCAUCAAGAUCUGCGGAGAUAUUCAUGGUCAGUAUAAUGAUCUCCUGAGACUUUUUGAAUAUGGUGGAUUUCCUCCUCGCUCCAAUUAUUUAUUCUUGGGGGAUUAUGUAGAUCGUGGAAAGCAAGGCCUGGAAACAAUAUGCCUUCUCCUUGCAUAUAAAAUAAAAUAUCCGGAAAAUGUUUUCCUUUUGAGGGGAAACCACGAAUCUGCUUCUAUAAACCGUGUAUAUGGAUUUUAUGAUGAGUGUAAACGAAGAUUCAAUGUCAGACUCUGGAAAAUAUUUACAGAGUGUUUCAACUGCUUACCUGUAGCAGCUCUGAUCGAUGAAAAGAUACUCUGCAUGCAUGGGGGACUCUCUCCUGACUUGCACAAUUUGGAUCAGAUAAGGAAUUUGCGGAGGCCUUGUGAUGUUCCAGACUCUGGUUUGCUAUGUGAUAUUCUCUGGUCUGAUCCUAGUAAAGAUAUUCAAGGUUGGGGGGCAAAUGAUAGGGGAGUUUCCUAUACCUUUGGUGCUGAUAGGGUGACAGAAUUUCUUCGGAAGCAUGAGAUUGACUUAAUUUGUCGAGCUCACCAGGUUGUGGAAGAUGGAUAUGAGUUCUUUGCUAAUAGAAAACUUGUAACCAUAUUUUCUGCACCUAAUUAUUGUGGAGAAUUUGACAACGCUGGUGCCAUGAUGACCAUAGAUGAAACUCUAAUGUGUUCCUUCCAAAUAUUAAAGCCUCUAGAUAAGAAGGCAAAGUUUAGCUUUGGGAGCGCUACUUCAGCUAAGCCUGGUAAUACAACAAAAUUAAAGUCGUUGUCGUUUCUUGGUGGCAAAGUAUGAGAAAUUCUCUCCAAGGGAAAAAUAUCUGACGGAGAUGGCUGCCUUAUAUAUUUGGUAUUUGGAGCAUCCCCGGAAGUGUUCAUCCAAUACAUCUGUCCAUUUCAUCUGAAUAGCAGGGAAAAAUAUGUAGUGGUGACUUCUUUAAGCCAAGCAUAAUGCAAAAAUAUUCCCCUACCAGGGGUUUCAGAAGGUUCAUGUGAUCUCCCAUGUAUGACACUAGCUGGAGCACAGUGAUGACCUUUUUCUUUCAUUUUCCUUUUGGUGUUUAGUUUAUUUUUGCUUUUCUUCGUUCCCCAAGCUAUUCUCCUUGUAUUAUAAUCUCUCUUUAAAAAUUCCAAGGGAGUGUUUACCUAAAAACUGAGUAGCCACAUUACUCAGAGGCUAAACAAUUGAUACCGGUAUUGUGUUUCUCAUUGAGUUUACACGAGUAUAUGGUAUGUUCUCUUUACCCUCGUAAA